AUGCUUCGAAUUCAUAUGAUUGGUAUUUUUAUCAGCUUGAGAGAAGAGUCGAAGACUAAACGUUCAAAUAAGGUUGCUGCUGAAUCUUCUGAAAAACCUGUCAAGGAAUCUAAAUCCACAAAGAGUCCGAAGAAAUUACCAAUUACAGAAGCCGAGUCAAUCCAACCAGAAGUUGUUGUUGCUGAUACCCCAUCGACUCAAAAGGGAAUCAUUCCAUCAAAGACUGGCGUUUUUCAAAGAAUCAAGAUAAAGUCAAAACAUAAGAGUCGAUCACCUUUAACGAAUGUUGUUCGCAAACCACAGGUUUCACAUCAAGGAGUUAUCUUUCGCGAUAUUCCUCCCCCUGCUUCACCAUCUUCUAUGAAGAGAAGGGCAACUGAUAUGGCCAAACAUAUAUCGAAGAAGAAGAAGAAGAAUAGUAGGGUGAUUAUUUCAUUAGAGUCUACUGCUGAUGAAAAUGAAACAAUUCCAGAAACACUAGAAGCUGAUCUUUAG